AUGAUACCGGUACGCUGUACCGAUAUGUGGAGGCUACGAACCCUUCCGUUUCCUUUUGCAACUGGGCAAUGCGCAAGACAUCAGGAACGGCAACAAGAAACCAAGGAGUUGCAGCAGAUUUGGGUACAGGUAGAAGAAGCUCACAACAAUUCAUUGAAACUAAACAAAACACCACGACCCACCACCACCAACAACGCCAACAUGAGCAUUCCUGAAACCAUCUUUGUCCCUCAAUCAGGAGUUGAUGUCCCUCUUCGAAUUCGUAGUAGAACCAGCAAAGGCUCUAGCCGACCACGUUGGAGUGAGGAUGCCUCUGAAGCAAAGGACCGCAACUUACGUAACAUUCCUCCAACCCUUCCCGCAAGAGAAAGCCCUCCUCCGACUGUUCCAGGUCGACUUACAUCAGAGAGCCGAUCUGCUUCGUUUGAUGUCCCCCCAAGGCAACCUAGCCGGCGAUGCAAAGAGGCCGAGCCCCCGCAGAAGCCUUGUCGUCGAUUCAGCUUGGAACAUGUUGCCUUGAAGCACGCCAAAGCGGCAUAG